GGAAGUACUGCCGCCAUGCCGGGCGCCGCCGAGCGCGGCUCGGAGCUCUCCGAGCAGAUCGAGGCCUUCGCGGCGCGGCUGCGGCGUGGCGGGGAGCGGCCGCGCUCCGAGGAUACGGCGCGGCAGACGCUCUCGCUGCUGCGGAAGAUCGUCGGGCACGGGCGAUGGAACCGGGCCGGGGAGCUCAUGGAUCUGAUCCGGACAGAGGGCCAGAGAAUGACGGCAGCCCAGCCGUCAGAGACAACAGUGGGCAACAUGGUGCGACGAGUAUUGAAGGUCAUUCGUGAGGAAUAUGGCAGGCUUCAUGGGCGCAGCGAGGAAAGUGACCAGCAAGAAUCCCUGCACAAACUCCUCACUUCUGGAGGACUGAAUGAAGAUUUCAGAACCCCUUACCCGUCCCUCAGAGCUAAUGUUAUUGAAGCUAUUAAUGAAAUGCUAAUUGAGCUAGAGGGCACCACUGAUAACAUUGCUAUGCAGGCGCUGGAGCACAUCCACUCCAAUGAGGUGAUCAUGACCAUUGGCUACUCACGCACUGUUGAGGCCUUCCUGAAGGAAGCUGCUCGCAAGCGCAAGUUCCAGGUCAUCGUGGCAGAGUGUGCACCGUUCUGCCAGGGUCAUGAAAUGGCUGUCCGACUGUCUAAAGAGAAUAUUGAAACUACUGUCAUGAGUGAUGCAGCUAUUUUUGCUGUCAUGUCUCGAGUCAACAAGGUCAUCAUUGGUACAAAGACAAUCCUGGCCAAUGGCGCCCUGAUUGCUGUGAGUGGGACUCACACUCUGGCACUGGCAGCUAAACACCACUCCACUCCACUCAUCGUAUGUGCUCCCAUGUUCAAGCUUUCACCACAGUUCCCUAAUGAAGAAGAUUCAUUCCACAAGUUUGUGUCACCACAGGAAGUGCUGCCAUUCACAGAAGGGGAGAUCCUGGCAAAAAUUAAUGUUCACUGCCCAGUGUUUGACUAUGUCCCUCCAGAGCUCAUUACUCUCUUCAUUUCUAACAUUGGGGGUAAUGCACCUUCCUACAUCUACCGCCUCAUGAGCGAGCUCUACCAUCCAGAUGACUAUGAACUCUAACACUGUGAAGCCCAUCACUAUCUGGACUCUUUCCGUUUUUCUCUUCAGAAAGAUACAUCAGCUAAUUCAAGUGUAUAUUGCAAACACAGGUUGUUGUGGGGAGCCAGUGGGGAAUUUGCUCAGCAAUGUCUUUCCUACCCAAAAGCAAGAGACAGCAGAGCUCUUGUCCAGGUUUUUCUCUCUAUGCUGUGUCAGAAACGAUGUGGAGCUGCUAACUCACUUUAAUUUUGAAAUAGCAGGGCAUAUGUGUAACUGGGGCAGCUAAGCUGUUACUUCAAAGUGUAAGUGUUACUUACGCUGCAAUAAAGGCUGUUUACAGUGACCUCACUGUUAAGCACA